AUGUCAACUCCACCUCCAAUAAUCCGCCACGCCUACCUCUCAGACGUCCCCACAAUCCUAAAAUUCAUCCACGACCUCGCGGCUUUCGAAAAAGAACCCGCUUCUACAGUCGAAGCAACGGAAAAGUCGCUGGCGGAUACUAUUGCUUUUGAUGUUGAGCCGGGAAGUGAAGAGGGUAACCGCAGUGGAGCAACCGAACAAAAGACCGAAAACAAUACAUCAACCGAAAAUACCACAGCAAUCUCACCCACCCGCCCAGCACGCUGUCUCAUCCUCCUCGCCCCCUCUUCAUCCUCCCAAUCCCCCUCUUCUCUCAUCCCCGUCGGCAUCGCCCUCUACUUCUACAACUACUCGACCUGGCGCGCCAAACCCGGGAUCUACCUCGAAGACCUCUACGUCUCCCCAGACCACCGUGGAAAAGGCUACGGCACGGCGUUGCUGAGGACCCUGGCGAAGGAGGUGGUGGAUAUGGGGGGUGGACGGUUGGAUUGGAGCGUGUUGAGGUGGAAUGAGAAGGCGAUACGGGUUUAUGAGGGGGUGGGGGCGGGGAAGAUGGAUGAGUGGGUUGGUAUGAGGGUUGAGGGGGAGGGGUUGGUGAAGUUGGCGGGGUUAUAA